GUUCCGCAGAAAUGUGUGGCAGCAGUCUUUUUGCUGAGGACACGGAGCUGAACAGUCGCACACUGCUGCAGAUAGUUACUAAUCAUGGUGCUGUUGCACGUGCUGUUCGAGCACGCUGCGGGCUAUGCGCUGUUCGUCGUCAAAGAGGUGGAGGAGAUCGGCAUGCUGCUGUCUCAGGUGGAGGAGAGCGUGCUGAGCAUUGGAAAGUUCAACAGCAUGGUGAGCUUGGCUGCCUUCUUCCCCUUCAAGUCGGCGCAGGCUGCUCUGGAGAACAUGAACGCCAUUUCUGAAGGUGUGGUGCAUGCCGACCUGAAGCUGUUCCUGGAGACGAACCUGCCCCUCUCUGGGAAGAAGAAAGCUAUGUUGGGGGUUUCAGAUGCGAAGAUUGGAGCAUCUUUACAAGAAGAAUUCACCAUUUCCAUCCAGACUGGGGGGGUGGUGGCAGAGAUAGGCAGAGGUGUGCGUGUGCACUUCCACUCCCUCGUGAAGGGUCUGACUGGCCAUGCUGCCUCCAAGGCACAGCUGGGGUUGGGCCACAGCUACUCCAGAGCUAAAGUAAAGUUCAACGUCAACCGAGUCGACAACAUGAUCAUACAGUCCAUUGCUCUGUUGGAUCAGCUGGACAAAGACAUCAACACUUUCUCCAUGCGUGUCCGUGAAUGGUAUGGCUACCACUUCCCAGAGCUGAUCAAGGUCGUGCCGGACAACUCUAUGUACUGCCGCAUGGCUCAGCUCAUCGGAAACAGGAAGGAGCUGUCAGAGGAGAGUUUGCCGAGUCUGGAGGAAGUGGUGAUGGACGGCGCCAAGGCUCAGGCAAUUCUGGACGCGUCCCGUUCCUCCAUGGGUAUGGACAUCUCCCCCAUCGACUUGAUCAACAUAGAGAGAUUCUCCACUCGUGUGGUGUCUCUGGCCAGCUAUCGGCUGGAGCUGCAGGAGUACCUGCGUUGCAAGAUGAGCCAAGUGGCGCCAAAUCUAGCAGCCUUAAUUGGAGAAGUGGUGGGAGCUCGUCUGAUCUCCCAUGCGGGCAGUCUAACCAACCUGGCAAAGUACCCGGCCUCCACAGUCCAGAUCCUGGGAGCAGAGAAGGCCCUGUUCAGAGCCCUAAAGACUAAAGGCAACACCCCCAAGUACGGGCUAAUCUUCCACUCCACCUUCAUCGGACGUGCUGCUGCCAAGAACAAAGGCCGCAUCUCCAGAUAUCUGGCUAACAAGUGCACAAUCGCCUCACGCAUUGACUGUUUCUCCGAGGUACCCACAAGUGUAUAUGGUGACAAGCUGCGUGGACAGGUGGAGGAGCGCCUGUCUUUCUAUGAAACUGGUGACUUGCCACGGAAGAAUGUGGAUGUCAUGAAAGAGGCUGUGAAAGAGGCUACUGAUGUUGCAACUGAGAUAAAGCGGAAACUGGACAAGAAGGAAAAGAAACGCAGGAAGCAUGCAAAGAAGCUGCAGGAUGAAAACGGCGAUGCCAACAGUGACGUUGAGGCUGAGAACGGAGACACCCCCGUUGUGAAGAAGAAGAAGCAGCAAGCGGCCGAGGAGAUGGAGAUGGAGGUAGAGGAGGCCCCAGCGAAGAAGAAAAAGAAACGAAAAUCUGAGACCAUCGAAGCAGAAGAAAUCCCAGAAACGCCUGCGUCUGGCAAGAAAAAGAAGAAGAAAAAAGAGUCCACAGAUUAGAGGCUGUGGUCAAAGACUGAAUCUUUAUAUUUGUGUACAGUUUUAUUUUUUUAUUUCUACUCUCUUAAGGUAUGUAAGCAGCAUUAUGUUUUUUUUUUUUGUUUUGUUUUUUUUUUGCAACCUCAAAGCAGGUUUGAUUGCAAAUAAAUGCUUAUAACUGUGCCUUGAAGUCUGACAUUUACUUACUUCUGUAAAUAACUUAUCCAUUAAACUUUUGUCCAGUAAA